AUGUCGGCCUCAUUCCCUUCCCUCGCCGUUCCCCAGUCCAUCCUCGAUACUGACUUGUACAAGUUGACCAUGCAACAGGCUAUCUUCCACCUUGGCUUCGGCUACGACGCAACAUAUAAAUUCACCAAUCGAAACCUGGCCAUGUUUUUUACGCGUCAGUGUUUUGAGAGAUUCCGUGCUGCUGUCUCUCAAUUCAGCGAUAUCAGGUUGACUGAGUCUGAGGCCCAAUGGCUACAAGAAGCCUGCCCAUAUUUUACACCGGCCUACAUCACCUAUCUUAGCAAAUAUCGAUUCAAACCAGAACAAGUUCGUAUCACAUUUACGCCAACGUCGACGGAUGGUCUGCAAGGCGCAAUCGACAUCGAUAUAACCGGCCCAUGGGUAGAAACGAUCCUCUGGGAAGUGCCCCUCAUGGCAUGCCUUAGUGAAACCUACUUUCAGAUGGUCGACACUGACUGGAACCUUGAAGGACAGGCCGAACUUGCGUACAGCAAGGCAAAAUCACUGAUAGAAGCUGGUUGCGUUUUUAGCGACUUCGGUACACGUCGCCGCCGGUCGUUCGAAAUUCACGAUCUUGUCGUGCAGAACCUCGUGCGGGCUGCUAAUGAAUCGCAAGGCCUGCAUCCCGGUCGCCUGACGGGCUCGAGUAAUCUCCUAUUGGCACAGAAAUACGGCAUCGCCCCGGUUGGGACAAUUGCGCAUGAAUGGUUCAUGGGUGUUGCGGCAUUGAAAGGCUACGCUGAUGCCAACUCCGUUGCCCUCGAUCUAUGGGAAGAAGUCUAUCCGGAGGCACUCCAGAUAGCACUUACAGAUACUUUCUCUACGCAGGCGUUCUUUAAGAGCUUCGGCGCGAACCCCGAACGUGCAAACAAAUGGACAGGGCUUCGUCAGGAUUCAGGCGACCCGUUUGCCUUCGCACCCGUAGCCAAGGAAGUGUACAACCAACUAGGAAUUGACACAAGCCAGAAAGUAAUCGUGUACUCCGACUCAUUGAAUGUCGAAAGGUGCAUCCAACUACAGAAGCAGUGCACUGACAUCGGAUUCAAGCCGUCAUUUGGCAUCGGUACCAACUUGACCAAUGACUUCCGUGCGGCCUCUACUGGUGAGAAGAGCAAAGCCCUGAACAUGGUCAUCAAGCUCUCCUCUGUCGACGAUAAGCCUUGUGUCAAGAUCAGUGAUGACCUCACAAAGAACACUGGUGAUCCAGCUACCGUAGCAUACGUCAAGGAACUCUUCGGCCUUCCCAUGAAAGUGUAG